UUCUUCUUUUUGUCAUUUUGAAAUAGGCCUUGCAGACAAUCCUCCUUCCUUCCCAUCUAUAUUUCUGCCUUCUUUCUUUCUUUCUCCUUCGCCUGCGUCGAAUCUGGUGCACGUGCAGUUGCAGAAAAAUAAUGCCAGAAAUUCAGUUGGGUAUGCAUACUAUCAGAUCACAUGGAACUAGAGUGGCAAGGAUACAUAUGCAUGACUGGUUGAUUCUUUUGCUUCUUGUGAUCAUCGAUGCUGUCUUGAAUAUAAUAGAGCCAUUUCACCGUUUCGUUGGGGAGGGGAUGAUGACUGACCUUAGAUACCCAUUGAAAGGCAAUACUAUUCCCUUUUGGGCCGUUCCGAUAGUAGCCAUAUUGUUACCACUGGCCGUUUUUCUCGUUUAUUAUUUCAUUCGAAAGGAUGUCUAUGACUUCCACCACGCUAUAUUGGGCCUUCUAUUUUCUGUACUCAUUACUGCGGUGAUAACUGAUGCUAUCAAGGAUGGUGUAGGACGGCCGAGGCCAGAUUUCUUCUGGCGUUGUUUCCCUGAUGGAAAAGGGGUGUUUGAUCCAGUAACAAGUGAUGUUCGCUGUACUGGAGAUAAGGGUGUUAUUAAGGAAGGACACAAAAGUUUCCCCAGCGGACAUACUUCCUGGUCCUUUGCUGGUCUUGUUUAUCUUUCUUGGUAUCUAUCUGGUAAAAUUAGGGUAUUUGACCGCAGGGGCCAUGUUGCAAAGCUCUGUCUCGUUUUCUUACCGGUCCUCGUGGCAGCUAUGAUUGGUGUCUCUCGUGUUGAUGAUUACUGGCAUCAUUGGCAAGAUGUGUUUGCUGGAGGUCUUAUAGGGACGACAAUUGCUUCCUUUUGUUACUUACAAUUCUAUCCACCUCCUUACGAUCUAGAUGGUUGGGGACCUCACGCAUACUUCCAGAUGUUGGCUGAAACUCGUAAUGGUUCUCAGCCCUCUACCGUGAAUAAUGAGAUUCAUCAUGUGCAAUCUUCUGAGCUUCAAGCUGUAUCUGUGUAUAUUCCACCUCAACAUGAUGCUGAUACACGAGUCAACAGCUGGGAUUCAAGCCCCAUGUUAGGAGCAUCCCAAAAUGUAAGAACACAUUGACUGCCGUAAAGACAUAGGAAACAUCACCAACAUGUCCAUAAUCUGUAAAAAUUAUAGGCUUCGUGAGUUUCAGUUGCAGAUAAACCAUUUUAGGAUCCUUGUCCCUUUAAAUGAUAUUAAUCCAUUCCUUUACUUUGCUUUUAAGAUAAGAUGGUUGUUAGAUUGAAAAUUUGGGAUGUCAUGUUAGUUCUCUUUUAUUUUCCCAAGAUUGAAGUAUACACUAUACGCUGCUUUGCAAUGUGACGAAAGGGAGAAAAAUAAUAGAACUUCUAGAACUCCUCUACUCAAAAUGGUCGAGAAAUUUUAAUAUAUUUUUUGAGGAAGUUAUCUUA